UCAAGAGACACAGGCUUUCGCCCGGCCUGUCUCCCGUCGCUCUGGUCCCAUGGCUCAUCCUCGUGUCGCGGAGCCUGUGGUCUGUGACAGGCGCACUCCUGCUCCUGCACAGGGGACCUGUCGGUCCACCCGAGGCGUCUUCCGAAGUCCGCCCCCUCCCCAGACUCGUCCCUGUGCCAGAAAGUCUUUGAUGUGCUUCUGGGCCAGAACUCAGCCUUGUUUUGGUGGAGACCCCGUCCCCUCACGUGCAGAGGAAGAGGAAGAGGAAGGCCGCGAGCCUCCCGGCGCCGCAGAGAAGCCAACAUCCCAGAGCCGCUCCCCGGGUCCCAAGCUGGAGCGAGAGCGAGAGCAAGGGCAUCGGUGCGUCUGCAGAUGUCCGAGGGGGGGGGGGCGGUAGGGGCUGUCGGGAGUGCAGGGGACACAGCCCCGGCCUCUCUGGGAGCCAGGCCUCCCCGGCGGCCCCGCUCCCGCCCCGGAAUUAUUGGGAAAGCGGAUGCUGACUGCGGAGGAGCCCUCAGAGCCCGCAGAGACCGGCCGCCUGCGGGAGGAUGGCGGGCCUGGGGCCCACGCCGAGGACACGGCCACGCGCUCCGGGGAGCACGGCCUGGCUGAGCAGACGCUGAACCAGCAGCUGCAGCAGCAGGUGGCCCAGCUGCACGAGGCCCUCAGGAGCCAGGAGUCCCGGUGGGCCGCAGCUCAGCGCCACCUCCAGAGCCAGAUAGAUGCCCUCGUGCAGCAGAACAUGGAGCUCCGGGAUGGACUGACGACCCCACGGCCACUGUGGGAGGCAGAUGCCGCCCUGGGCGCCAGGAGGAAGCUGGACACUCUGGUGGUGGCCACCAAGCACGGGUGCUCCGGAGCUGCCGGCUCUCUGCAGGCACCUGGUGACCCAUUAGGGCAGCCUCCCGCGUGUCUCCAGGACUGGGUGCAGGCCAGGCAGAACCCUCCUGGAGAGCCAGGGCCUUCCCACGUGGGCGCCCAGACAGAACAGGGGGACCAAGAAAAAGGAAUGAGGUCCCCGGCCAGCGAGGGGGACACCAUGGGAUUUGAAGACCUUACCUCCCCGUCUCACCAGGGGGUCUAUGAGAAGGAAGCGACGCUGCUUACCCACUCCUUGGACGAGAACGUGGCUGAGGCACUUGGCGAGGGCCAUGAAGCCGUCACCUUCUCGAAGGGCACUGGCAAGAACAGGGGGGCCGGCCAGAAGACCACCGUCCUGCGGUUCUUAAAUGGGGACGUGAAGAAGGUCCCGCCAGAUCAGAGGGUGGUUUACAGUUUCGCAGACGCUCGGAUCUCGCGCACGACCCAUCCGAGCGGUCUGGCCGUCGUGCGGUUCCCCGAGCAGACAGGGCGUCGCGUUCGGGGUCUGUCCUUUAACGCAGACUUUAGCUGUGCCGAAAAAUACCACCCUGAUGGCUCGAAGGAAAUCGUGCAUCCGGACGGGACCGUGAGACGUCUGAGCGGCGGCCGUGAGGAGACUGUGUUUCCGGACGGGACAGUCGUCACUGUGGAAAGGAAUGGCGACAGGACCAUCGUGUUCAACAACGGGCAGAGGGAGAUCCAGACGGCCGGGUUCACGCAGCGGGAAUACCCCGAUGGCACCGUCAGGACCGUGUACUGCACGGGCUCCCAGGAAACCCGGUCCGCCUCCGGGACCGUGAGGAUCAGGUCACGACAGCGACCGGUGACCUCCUCAUCGUGCCGUUUGCAGGCCGCCUAGACACUAACAGCGCGACGGCAGUGAGCGGGCCUUGUCCUCACGCGGAGACUCCCCCAGUCCCCGGGGAGGAAACCCUUCUGGAACCAUCUUGUCGCGAGACGUGGGUUUGUGUUGUGUUUUCGAUG